GUCACGGACAAUAAUGGAACCUCUCUCCUCACCCCCUACCAAGAAAAGGAGGCCGAACUUUUCGGAAGAGGAGCUCUUAAUGCUGACAGCAGAGGUCUCCAAAAGGAAGGCACUGUUACUUGGGCCCCUUACAAACAGUGUGACGUUAAGAUCAAAGGACCGAGCGUGGGAGACCGUUGCAGUAGCAGUAGGUGGCGUGGGGAGGGUUAAGAGAGAGAAGGGUGAGGUGAGAAAGAAGUUCAAGGACUUCAGGUCUGAGGUGAAGAAGAAGGCAGCCAAGAUCAACAAGGAGAGGAAAAAAACAGGUGGUGGCUCACUGGAUGUUAAUGACCAGUUGAAAGCCAGCGAAGAGGCGAUGUGGUCUCUCCUUGAGCUUGAGGCCAUCGAUGGACUCGCUAAUAUUGAGGAUAGCGAAGAAUUGUCAUCAAUGGCUUCAGCAACCAUUGAGAAUGAAGAGCCAGCACCUCCCAGAACAACUAGUGUGGCAGCAUGUAAACACCUCCGACGCCUCAUCCCCUCGCAGGAACCUCCCCCAAGAGGGUGGCCAUGGCUGAGUUGUAUCCAGUAUCUAGGGAUGCAAACAUAUUCCUGGAGCCUGCUACUGGUCCUUCAGCCAUCCGAGAAGUGACAGUUACAUCUGUGUCCCAAGACACAAAUCAUGUUCCUAAUGAACAUGAUUACCCCAGGGAGGAGCCGAACUCUUCAAACAGCACUCCGAGACGAGGCCAGUCCGGUAGCC